AGUGCGUCACAUUCCGUCUCUUUGCCCGAAGUCCUUGAGCGGAGAGGAGCGACCAGAGGCCGAGGCUCCUCCAGCAGGGCACCGAUCGCAACAAUGGUGAACUUUACAGUAGACCAGAUCCGGGCGAUCAUGGACAAGAAGUCCAACAUCAGGAACAUGUCCGUGAUCGCCCAUGUAGACCAUGGAAAGUCCACUUUGACAGACUCUCUGGUGUGCAAGGCAGGUAUCAUUGCCUCGGCACGUGCUGGGGAGACCAGGUUCACAGACACAAGGAAAGAUGAACAAGAGAGAUGCAUCACCAUCAAAUCAACAGCAAUUUCUCUGUACUAUGAGCUCAAAGACAAUGACUUGGCCUUCAUCAAACAGUGCAAGGAUGGCUCUGGUUUCCUCAUAAAUCUUAUUGACUCUCCUGGUCAUGUCGAUUUCUCCUCUGAAGUGACUGCAGCCCUCCGGGUAACUGACGGUGCACUUGUAGUAGUUGACUGUGUUUCAGGUGUUUGUGUGCAGACAGAGACUGUGUUGAGACAAGCAAUUGCUGAGCGGAUCAAACCAGUUCUUAUGAUGAACAAGAUGGACAGAGCCCUGCUGGAGCUACAGCUUGACCCAGAAGAGCUUUACCAAACCUUCCAGCGCAUUGUGGAGAAUGUCAACGUCAUCAUCUCCACAUAUGGAGAAGGAGAGCAUGGACCAAUGGGCAACAUUAUGGUGGACCCAGUGGUUGGAACGGUGGGAUUUGGAUCAGGCCUGCAUGGUUGGGCCUUCACGCUUAAGCAGUUUGCGGAGAUGUAUGUGGCCAAAUUUGCUGCAAAGGGAGAGAAAAAGGCAGAACUUCCCCCAGCAGAUCGUGCUAAGAAGGUUGAAGACAUGAUGAAGAAACUUUGGGGCGACAAAUAUUUUGAUACAGAAGCUGGAAAAUUCAGCAAAACGGCAACAAAUGCAGGAGGCAAGAAGCUCCCAAGAACAUUCUGCCAGCUUGUCUUGGAUCCAGUCUUUAAGGUUUUCGAUGCCAUCAUGAAUUUCCAGAAGGAGGAGACUCAAAAGCUGAUCGAGAAACUUGAUGUGAAGUUAGAUGCGGAGGACAAGGAAAAAGAGGGAAAGCCCUUGCUUAAGGCAGUGAUGCGGCGAUGGUUGCCAGCAGGUGAUGCUCUGCUACAGAUGAUCACUAUCCACCUGCCCUCACCUGUCACAGCUCAGCGGUACCGCUGUGAGCUGUUGUACGAGGGUCCUGGAGAUGACGAAGCCGCCAUGGGUAUAAAGAAUUGUGAUCCCAAAGCUCCUUUGAUGAUGUACAUCUCUAAGAUGGUCCCCACCUCAGAUAAGGGACGUUUCUACGCUUUCGGACGUGUCUUCUCCGGUAUUGUUGCUACUGGGCAGAAGGUGCGCAUCAUGGGACCCAACUACACACCUGGAAAGAAGGAAGACCUAUACUUAAAGCCCAUUCAGAGAACCAUCCUGAUGAUGGGCCGUUACGUGGAGCCCAUUGAGGAUGUGCCAUGUGGGAACAUCGUGGGCCUGGUCGGCGUGGACCAGUUCCUGGUGAAGACAGGAACCAUCUCCACCUUUGAAAAUGCACACAACAUGCGGGUGAUGAAGUUCAGCGUGAGUCCCGUGGUGCGCGUUGCGGUCGAGGCCAAGAACCCUGCUGACUUGCCCAAGCUGGUGGAGGGUCUCAAACGUCUGGCCAAGUCGGAUCCCAUGGUCCAGUGCAUCAUUGAGGAGUCAGGGGAACACAUUGUGGCUGGAGCUGGAGAGCUGCAUUUGGAGAUAUGCCUGAAAGACCUGGAGGAAGAUCAUGCCUGUAUCCCCCUGAAGAAAUCAGACCCGGUGGUAUCGUACCGUGAGACAGUCACGGAGGAGUCCGAUCAGAUCUGCCUGUCCAAGUCUCCCAACAAGCACAACCGGCUGUUCAUGAAGGCUCGGCCUUUCCCAGAUGGUCUGGCGGAGGACAUCGACAAAGGGGAUGUGAGCGCACGGCAGGAGCUGAAACUACGUGCUCGCUACCUGGCCGAGAAGUACGAGUGGGAGGUGGCUGAGGCCCGCAAGAUAUGGUGCUUCGGACCUGAUGGGAGCGGACCCAAUAUCCUAGUGGACAUCACCAAGGGAGUGCAGUACCUGAAUGAAAUUAAGGACAGCGUUGUGGCUGGGUUCCAGUGGGCGACCAAAGAGGGUGUGUUGUGCGAGGAGAACAUGAGGGCAGCGCGGUUCGACAUACACGAUGUCACCCUUCAUGCCGACGCCAUCCACAGGGGAGGUGGCCAGAUCAUCCCCACAGCCCGAAGGGUGCUCUAUGCCUCCGUGCUAACCGCUAAACCCAGACUCUUGGAGCCCAUCUACCUAGUGGAGAUUCAGUGUCCAGAGCAAGCGGUUGGAGGUAUCUACGGUGUCCUGAACAGGAAACGAGGACACGUGUUUGAGGAGUCUCAGGUUGCCGGAACACCUAUAUUUGUAGUGAAAGCAUACCUUCCCGUGAAUGAGUCUUUUGGUUUUACAGCAGACCUGCGGUCCAACACGGGGGGUCAGGCUUUCCCGCAGUGUGUUUUCGACCAUUGGCAGAUCAUGCCGGGUGACCCUUAUGACGCCGCCAGCCGGCCGUUCCAGGUGGUGGCUGAGACACGCAAACGAAAGGGCUUGAAGGAAGGCAUUCCGCCUCUUGACAACUUCCUGGACAAGUUGUGAUUGCUGCCAGCACCCUCCCGGGGUAGAAUAAUGCCAUCCAGUCUAUACAGCACCCACUGAAUAUCUAAUGAAACCUGAUCCAGAAUAACGUGAAGAAUAUGUCAUAAAAAGGCACAUUUCAUGAAAGCUUUGUGUAAUCACCUGGAGAAUAAAUAUAAAGGCAACUGUACUGUAUUUUGUUUGUGUUGGAUCAACAUAGUUUUGUCAGUA